AUGUCGACGAGCAAACCUUUUGACCACGCGAGUCAUGCACAGCACCGUUGGCGACGCUUUUUAACCCAUGACUCGAAAGGAUACGCCAGUUUUUCAAUCAUGGCAAUUGGUUUUCGGUUCGUCAAGGUCGUGGCUUUGAACAAGAGAACCAAAAAAGGGAUCGCCUAUCUCACUAAAAGGAUGGUCAAGAAGCUUCCGAAGCUGAUGGUGUAUCCUUUGGUACUUGGUGCCACUGGCGCUGAGCUUCUGACAUGGGGGGCGUCGUAUUUGAACCACGACAAGGACGAAAAGACCAGCAAAGUCACGCGUAAUGCCAAAUUGGCCCCGGCGGCAUUCGCCGUGUAUGGUACCACGCUGAACUCGGUCUACCCGUUAGUCGGACGUUUGCGUCGUGUUCGCGGAUGGCUACGUCCCAUUAAAUGGGGAUUCGUUGGUCUGGUCGUGGACAAUGUCGUCACAAAGUUUUCGACAACUCGAUCCAAGGUAAACAAUGCUUUAAGUUCAAAAAAAGUAGAAGACACGGAAUGA